CAUGGAGACAAGGUUUUCUGAAUUUUUCAUGUGAGCACCUGCGUGAGCUUAUUCGAUUUACAGUGCUGUACCUGCAUUUCAGAUUUUUCGGAGAUGGGAAUCGAGAUUUCAGCAACGAACCUUGCAUCUUCACUAAGACGAUCAUGGUGCUCCUCAAUCUUCCCUAUGCCCAACCGACUUCGAGGUCGUGCCAACCCCAUCCCCCAGUUCAGAGGUCGACGGAGAGUCCUCGAGGAGCCUUUUUUGACCCAAGAGGCUUCUAAUCCCCCUCCAACUGUCUUUACAACCAUAUCACCACAUUCCUUUUCGGCGCCAUGUCUACCCCAUCGGUCGACUUGCUGUACAUAUACACUUCUUCAAGCACAGCAUUUGCCAAUAUCUCUGCUUCAGCCUCGUGCCUCUCAGCUCUUACGGCAGAUGUCAGCUGCUAUGCUAACCUUAGAUCGGCAGUAACUGACACAACAACAUGGUCUUCGAGCGCUCUGGGAUUUAUAUGCGCAAAUAACUGCACCACUGCUCUUUCUGCUUAUGUUGCCAACGUUGAUUCUGUAUGCGGGGCAACGGCCACAUACAACAUCUCCGGAACCAUCCAAACGGCAGCGGACCUAGGAAGGGAAAUGCAAUGGCGACAAAGCACCACAUGCCUGACUGAUCCUUCCUCUGGCGAGUACUGCAAUACUUACUUCCAGGAGGCGCUCGCCAAUUCUUCGACCGGCGUCAGUUGCAGCACAUGCUACCUGACUUAUAUGGAAAGCAUCGUCAACUCAGAAUGGGGCCAGGCUCUAAUCAGCAACUCGGAAUUUGAGUCGCAAGUAUCGAGCUGCUCAGCCACUGGUUACUCGGCUACCUACACGGCGACAUCCAGCUCGAGCACUUCGACUGCAACGCCCACAGUGACCUCUGGAGACCGCUGUAACAAGACGGACCCGAGUGUUGCGCUGUACACAGUCUUGGCAAAUGACUCCUGUAUCGACAUUUCUGCUUCUCAAAAUGUGUCAACUGGUUCUCUGACCUCCCUGAACGGGCUGGAUCAGGGUUGCUCUUAUUUGAGUACAGGCGAGAAACUGUGUCUGCCAACGACUUGCGACGUCUAUCUGGUCAAGACGAACGAUACCUGCACAUCUAUCAUUUCCUCCUUUUCGUCAGGGAUCACCAAUGCUGACUUGGCGUCGUGGAACUCAAAUAUCAACUCUCAAUGUUCCAAUCUAGCUGCUCUUGUUGGCACGUACAUCUGCAUCAGCCCUCCUGGUUCUCCGAUGCCACUCUACCUCCCGCCUGCCGCAACUGCAGUUGCCGUUCCAACCAAUGCUGUCGGCACCACAAAUGUGGAUUGUGGUUACUGGUACACCAUUAUUGCCAACGAUACCUGCGGAUCCAUUGAAGCCACAUUCGGCAUCACCAACGCAACAUUCUACUUCUUAAAUCCUCAGAUUGCUCCAGAUUGUGGGAACCUAUGGCUUGGAAACUCCUAUUGUGUUGAAGCAGUUGGGAAUGUCGCCACUUACUCUGGGUAUUCGACUGUGGCUGCAUCGCUCGCGAAUUACACCAGUCUGCCGUCAACUAUCAAUCGCAACGCUACGGCGACUGCGAAUAGAACCACGACACAUUUCUUCUACUCCUGGCCCACACCAACAACAACUACCCUUGCUGCAGUCAAUGCCUCUGUAUACUCCGCCUUAGCAACGUACACGCUCUGUCUCGACGUCGAGGAAGAGUACAACAUCACCGAAACAGGUCCAACGCAAGAUAUGUAUGAUGAUACAGACUGGAUCAACGAGUACGAUCGCGUGUGUGAUGUUGACCCCAAUGAUUUGCCAACUGUUCCCUUCAAUUCGAGUAUCGUGUACACGGCACCAGCUACCGUUGCAGCGACCACGACGUCUGGAACGGGCACAGGCACAGCUAGUAGCCCGACCUCGACCUCGACAUUCGUCGUGAGCCCAGAUGGAACGUGUGGCGGUAGUAUUGGCUAUACCUGCGCCGGUUCGACCUUUGGAAGAUGCUGCUCCAUAUACGGGGAUUGCGGAAGCAGCGCCGAUUACUGCAGCACGUACUGCGACACGACAGGACAGUUCGGCACUUGCUCUCCGACUUCGACAACUUCGAGCAUUAAGAGUACCUCCCCGCUCGUGGUCUCGCCCGACGGUACUUGCGGGGGCUCGACUGGGUAUACGUGCUCCGGGUCGACAUUUGGCGCCUGUUGCUCCAUCUACGGGGACUGUGGCUCUUCGUCCGAUUUCUGCUCGACAUAUUGUGAUACCACGGGCGUCUUCGGCACUUGCAGCGCGUCCCCGACGACGUCAAGCGCAAAAAGCACGUCAACGAUCGACGUUUCCCCAGAUGGGACUUGCGGCGGCUCGACGGGAUACACUUGUUCCAAGUCAACUUUCGGAUCUUGCUGUUCGAUAUACGGAGAUUGCGGGUCUUCGACAGACUAUUGUGUAACAUAUUGCGAUAAGACUGGAACAUUUGGAACAUGUACCUAAUCUACACUUGGGAAGAAUAUAACGAUG